AUGCCUAAGGAUGCAUUCUACUUCGACCCCCCUGGCCCUCAUAACUACAAGGCUCCAUGGUUGACAUUUUCCCACGAUCCACUACGCCCGGAACCACGGCGAGGGAUUCCAAUUCAGGUAGCUCAACGGGAGACGGACCCCUUUAAAAGCUCAGGCUCGGUGGAACUGCCACGAAACCGACAGCGACCGAAAUGUCGUCCUAAACCUCGGGUUAUCAGCUUGCUUAGUUCCGAUGACGAACGGACUUCAGACUCACUUCGUGUACAGGAGUCUCGGGGGAAGCGCCAGAAGAAAGUAUGCAAGACAACGGUCUCCAUAGAGGAUGUGAAUAAAGGUAUGGCGGCCGCCAAACGUCUCUCUAGAGCAGCGGCCAUUUCAUCCCCUCGGAAAAAAGUAAAGAGGCCAGCUCUGAUGGAAAUGACGGCGAAGCAACCUUCCGUUAUGAGACAUUUUGGGACAUACACCAAUUCCGUUGAGCUCAAGGAUAGGAAAUUACUGGUAGAGAUGGGAAUUAUAAGUCCAAAGCGACCCAGGCUUUCGGACCCAAGUACUCUCGAGAAUCUUGCACACGAUACCGCAGAGUGGACUGCGCCAUACCCUGCUUUUCCUAAGCCAUCGACCCCUUCCUCUAUACCACCAUCCUCCUUCAUCCCCCUCGAUCUCGAUUGA